GCGGCCAAGAUGGGCUGGAAGCGCCGCUGCUGCGGGGGAGGCGGCGGCGGCGGGGACCUGCUCUGCCUGCUCACCCUGGUGCUCGGCUUCCUGCUGCCCGCCUGCAGGACGCGCCUCUACACCAACCACUGGGCUGUGCGCAUCGCCGGCGGGCUCGCCGAGGCCGACAGGAUCGCCGCCAAGUACGGCUACCUCAACAUCGGACAGAUUGGAACACUGAAGGAUUACUACCACUUUUACCAUAGUAAAACAAUUAAAAGGUCAGUUCUCUCAAGUAGAGGUACCCACAGCUUCAUUUCAAUGGAACCAAAGGUGGAGUGGAUACAACAGCAGGUGGUCAAAAGAAGAAUAAAGAGGGAUUAUAAACCUGUUGGUACUCAGUCYACUUACUUCAAUGAUCCCAAGUGGCCAAGCAUGUGGUACAUGCACUGCAGUGAUAACACCCAUCAUUGCCAAUCAGAUAUGAACAUAGUAGGUGCUUGGAAGAGAGGCUACACUGGAAAGAAUGUUGUGGUCACCAUCCUGGAUGACGGCAUUGAAAGAAACCAUCCAGACUUGAUGCAGAAUUAUGAUUCGCAGGCUAGUUUUGAUGUCAAUGGAAACGAUUUUGACCCGAUGCCGCGAUACGAUGCCAGCAACGAAAACAAGCAUGGAACCCGUUGUGCUGGAGAAGUGGCAGCCACGGCAAACAACUCACACUGCACAGUAGGAAUCGCCUUUAAUGCCAAGAUUGGAGGCGUGCGGAUGCUGGAUGGGGACGUGACGGACAUGGUGGAGGCGAAGUCUCUGAGCCUGAACCCGCAGCACAUCCACAUCUACAGCGCCAGCUGGGGGCCCGACGACGAUGGCAAGACCGUGGACGGCCCUGCCUCGCUGGCGCGCCAGGCCUUUGAGAACGGCAUCCGAAUGGGACGAAGAGGUYUGGGCUCCGUUUUUGUUUGGGCAUCUGGAAAUGGUGGAAGGAGUCGCGACCACUGCUCCUGUGACGGCUACACCAAUAGCAUCUACACUAUCUCCAUAAGCAGUACAGCCGAAAGUGGGAAGAAACCCUGGUAUCUGGAAGAAUGUGCAUCCACACUGGCUACAACAUACAGCAGUGGGGAAUCCUACGACAGGAAAAUAAUCACCACAGACCUGAGGCAGCGUUGCACAGACAGCCAUACGGGAACCUCAGCCUCUGCACCUAUGGCUGCAGGCAUCAUUGCACUGGCACUGGAAGCAAAUCCAUUUCUGACCUGGAGAGACAUACAGCAUAUUAUUGUAAGGACUUCACGUGCAGGACAUUUGAAUGCCAAUGACUGGAAAACCAAUGCAGCAGGUUAUAAGGUGAGCCAUCUCUAUGGAUUUGGCCUGAUGGAUGCUGAAGCAAUGGUGCUAGAAGCAGAAAAGUGGACUACAGUGCCUCCACAGCAUGUUUGUGUGGAGAACACGGAUCGACAAAUCAAAACUAUACGACCUGACAGUGUCGUCCGUUCCAUUUACAAAGCCACCGGGUGCUCAGACAACCCCAACCACCACGUGAUCUACUUGGAGCACGUGGUGGUGCGCAUCACUAUCACCCACCCUCGACGUGGAGACUUGGCCAUUUACCUAACCUCUCCUUCAGGAACCAGGUCACAGCUGUUGGCCAACAGGUUAUUUGAUCAUUCCAUGGAAGGAUUUAAAAACUGGGAGUUUAUGACUACUCACUGCUGGAGCGAAAAAGCAGCAGGUGACUGGAUCUUGGAAAUCUGUGACACUCCYUCUCAGCUGAGAAAUUUCAAGACUCCAGGCAAAUUGAAAGAAUGGUCCUUAGUACUGUAUGGAACAUCCAUCCAGCCUUACUCACCAAGAAAUGAUUUUCCAAAAGUGGAACGAGUGCGCUCUAGUCCAGUUGAAGACCCUACAGAAGAUUAUGGAACAGACGACUAUUCAGGGCCUUGCAAUGCAGAAUGCAGUAAAGUUGGGUGUGAUGGGCCAGGWCCAGACCACUGUACUGACUGUCUACACUACUACUAUAAAUCUAAGAAUAACACACGGAUCUGUGUUUCCAGCUGCCCGCCUGGUCACUACAGUGCAGACAAGAAACGCUGUAAAAAAUGUUCUCCCAAUUGUGAAACCUGUGUUGGAGGGCACAGUGACCAGUGCAUGACCUGUAAAUCUGGCUACUACCUGAAUGAAGUCACCAAUAGCUGUAUUACCAGCUGCCCAGAUGGAUUUUACCUCGAUAAGAGUAAGAUAGUUUGCCGAAAAUGCAGUGAAAACUGUAAGACAUGUGUUGAAUUCCAAGUCUGCACAGAAUGCAAACAUGGCCUAAGUUUGCAUGGCUCCAAAUGUGCUAUCCGCUGUGAAGAAGGAAAAUACCACAGUGGUAGUGAUUGUGAACCUUGUCACCGUUCUUGUGCAACAUGUGCAGGUGCUGGAAUAGAUUCUUGUAUAAACUGCACACAGGGCUAUUUUAUGGAAGAUGGAAGAUGUGUGCAAUCCUGUAGUAGUGGUUAUUACCUUGAUCACUCUACUGAAAGUGGUUAUAAAACCUGUAAAAGAUGUGACGCCAGCUGCAUGGAGUGCAGCGGCCACGGGGAUCGAAACUGCACGAGCUGCCCCAGCGGCUACAACCUGGACUCUGGUGCCUGCGUGGUGGGAACAGUCUGCAAGGAUGGGGAAUAUCUUGAUGAUUCCCAGAAAUGUCAGUUGUGCGAAGUAUCCUGUGAGAAAUGCAUUGGACCUGAGCGGGACAACUGCAUCAGCUGUCCAAGUACAAGAGCCUUUGAUGAUGGUCGCUGUGUUAUACAAUGCCCCAGAGGAAAGUUUGAGAUUAAAGGACAGUGCCAUUUGUGCCAUCACACCUGCCUGGAUUGCAAUGGGAGUGAACCUAACAAAUGCACUGCUUGUGGAACAGACAGGAGAGGGAUCGACCGCUUCCUCUACCGCGGGGAGUGCAGGGAGGGCUGCCCGCCGGGGCACUUCCACUCGGAGCGGCGCUGCGUGCCCUGCGCGCCGCACUGCCAGGUGUGCCGCGACGCCGGGCGCUGCCAGCGCUGCGCCAGGGGCUACUACCUGGCCCAGGACGCCUGCCACAGGCACAGCUGCGGGGAAGGUGAAGUGGAAGACCCUGACUCUGAAAACUGCAUAACUUGUGCAGAUGGAUGCCAGAACUGCAAAUGGGAUGACCCGAGAAUCUGCAUGACCUGCAUUCAGAACUACUACAUGUAUAAGAACCAUUGCUAUAAAUACUGCCCAGAAAAUACCUACAGAGAUGAAAUUUCCAUGAAGUGUGUAGAGUGCCCAAGCAACUGCAAUACCUGUGGCAAGGAUGAGUGCGACUCGUGUAAGGAAGGCUUCUAUCUCUUGGGUGGUGUGUGUGUGAGCGAGUGUGGAGCUGGUUUCUUCAAGGACAGCAUUUCCAGGGAAUGUGAAGCAUGCCACAAGAGCUGUGCAACGUGUGUUGGGUACAGCUACAAGGACUGCACCACAUGCAGGAACAACUUGCAGUUAUCUCGGGGUCAGUGUCUGAAUCCAAGAAAUGUUCGGCCCGAUGGGAAGUUCUGGAGUGGAGCAAAAACACAGGUGCAGUCCUGUGAUCCUUCAUGUAGGACCUGUGAGAAAGAUGCUAACCUGUGUACUUCGUGUCCGGAAGGAAAAUUUCUUAGCCAUGAUAUGUGUGUCUCCCAAUGCCCUGAGCAAACUUUUGGCAAUGCGCAAAGCGGGAAGUGCGAGAUGUGCUUGGACAACUGYGCGCUGUGCUCCAACCCCUGGCACUGUCAGAAGUGUCAGGCUGGAGAAGACCAGACCUUCUUCCUCCAUGAAGGCAGGUGUUUUCAGGAAUGCCCUGAAGGUUAUUUUAAUGACUCUGGGACUUGCAAGGAAUGCAGUGAAUCCUGUAAAACAUGCAUGGGAAGUGCCACCAAAUGCCAGUCCUGUGAGAGUCCUUUGCUCCUGGAACAGUGGGAGUGUAAACAUACCUGUUCGGAGAAGUAUUUUGCUUCAGAAGGAAUCUGCAAGCGCUGCCCUCCAAUGUGUCAGGAGUGCAUUCACAAUCAAAUGUGCAAAGUGUGCAUGGAUGAGUUCUCCCUGCAUGACGGGAGGUGUGUGGAGGACUGUCCCUCUCACUUCUAUGCAGAAGACAAGCAGUGCUUCCCCUGCCACGGGGACUGCAAGGACUGCGACGGACCCGACUCAGACGACUGCAGCGAGUGCGCCGUCAGCUUCCACGUCCUCUACAAUGGGCAGUGUUUUGAAGAGUGCCCCAAAGGGACUUACUACGAAGAAGCAACCGAAGAUUGCCAAGCAUGCAAUAGGACGUGCCAGACUUGUUCUUCUUCCACUGCCUGCCUUACCUGCAGAAACGGCCUGACGCUGAACCACAACGGGCAAUGUCUGUCAUCCUUACACUGCUCCCUCACUGAGUACCACGAUGAGCAAAUGCACACCUGCAAGCCCUGUCAUAAAAAAUGCCUUCACUGCUCAGGGCCCACUGAACACCAGUGUCUUAGCUGUGCAAAUAAUCUACAUCUUCUCAACACCACCUGUGUUGAAACAUGCCCACCUGGAUAUUUUGCUGACAGCGAUGAGGGUCUGUGCUCCCCAUGCCACAGCACCUGCGACACUUGCUCUGGGAAGCACAGCUCGCAGUGCCUCUCCUGCAAACCGGGCUGGUACCGGAAAGGAAAAGGAUGUGUAAACCAAUGUCCGGCUGGAUACUUUGCACAAAACUCCACUAAAUCAUGUGAGAGAUGCCAUAAGACCUGUAAGGAGUGUAUGGGACCUCAGUCUACUGACUGCCUUUUCUGUGAUACGUAUUUUUACCUGUUGCGCUCCAAGAACGAAUGCAUUAGCUCUUGCCCUGAGUAUUACUACGAAAACGAGGACAACAACAUGUGCGAGAGGUGCCACCCUUCCUGCCGAACGUGCGAAGGCAGUGGAGCAUUCAGCUGCACUUCUUGUGUGUGGAGCUACACUUUAACAAGUGGAAUGUGCAAUUCAGAUUGUCUUGUAGGUGAAUACCGAGCCCUGGAGUCACCAGCAGAAGAGGAGGAACAGCCCAAGUGUGAGAAAUGCGACAACACGUGCAUCGAAUGCAAGGGACCAGGGCCUCUCAACUGCACCGUGUGUCCAGCCAGCAUGCAGCUCUACCUUCAAGAGAGCCGCUGCCUGCCCUGCUGUGGUGCCUCUGGCCUGGCUGGCAGCCCGGAGUGCUGCGACUGCCAGGAAACACAAGAUGACUGUGUCUUACGGAUCACUCAACCACCUGAGAGCAAAAGCAAAUCAGCUCUCUUUGUUAUCACCUGUAUUUUGCUUAUCCUUGUCAUUGGCGCCAUUAUAUUUAUCUGGAGAAAGUCACGAGCCAAAACCCAGGCUGCCCAUAAAAAAGGCUACGAGAAGCUGACAAAUCACUCCAAAACCUUUCCUGCCUACAUGAACAACUCCCAUGAGAGUACAAGCUAUCAGGAAGAUCAGGUGAUCGAGUUCAGAGAUCGAGAUAAUGAAUUUGAAGAUGAUGAUGACAACGAUGAUAUUGUAUACAUGGGCCAGGAUGGGACAAUCUAUCGAAAAUUUAAAUAUGGACUUCUGGAGGAGGAUGAGGAAGAUGAGCUGGAAUAUGACGAUGAAAGUUACUCAUUUAGAUAACUCUUCGCUAACUUAURGAUCUUCUGUUGUCUUUCUUACURAAUUACAUCAAUUUAGAUAAGUUGAUUGUUAUUUCUUAGCAUGCUGAGCUGAAGAUAUUAGUU